UUCAUUUUCAAAUGGUCAUCAAGGGACACCACACCCUCAAUGGUUGCAGCCUACAGGGUAAUAAAAAUAAGCGGAGGAUGAGAUCUUAAGACAUAUUUGCCCAGAGUGAUGAAGAUGUCCACCGUGAACCACCAGCGCCACCUCCUCCGGCUAGUUCUCUCCUGCCGCAAAAUCACAGCCCAGGUGACUCACCCGCAGACGGCGUCCAUUAUCGCGAUGGCUUCAUCGUCUGAGCAAGAAUUUACAGCUGAGUACAGAGCCAAGUUGAACAGGUUCCCCAGGUCCCACAACAUGUGGGACUCCAAGAUCGCGUCCAGAGUGGGCGAGAAGCUCGGACACCGCCUUAAGGAAGCCGGCAUCUGCAACGUUGAGAUUGAUCACCAGGAAGAACUGGCCAGGCCGGCUCACUACCGUAAGAUGGUGUCGCCGCUUUUCCAAGCCGUGAAGCGCGCCGGUAUCGCCGUGGCUGGCGGUGAGAAAUUGGAGUUCUGGAGUUAGGGCUAGAUAUGGGCAAUGGGCCGUUUAUCAAUUAUUUCUACAACUUUAUACAAUGAAAACUCUCAAUUUUUUAGUUAGUAAAUGAAAUUCCAUUUUAAUAAAUAAUAUUAGUCAAUUGUUAUACUAGGAAUCAGAGUUCAUAUUGUAUUGUAAACUCGAUACAAAAAUUCUAUGCAUCCAGUUAACACA